ACUCCGGCAGCUCCUCCGUUGGAAACCAGCGUUGACAUCCCCACUACUUCGGCAGCUCCUCCAUUGGAAACCAGCGUUGACAUCCCCACUACUUCGGCAGCUCCUCCAUUGGAGACCAGCGUUGGCAUCUCUACUACUUCGGCAGCUGCUACAGCUGGCGUCUCCGAGGGCGGCUCUAAGAGUGGCUCGAAGAGCGGUUCAGAGAGCGACUCUGAGAGCGACUCUGAGAGCGAUUCAGAAAGCGGUUCAGAAAGCGAUUCAGAAAGCGAUUCUGAGAGGGAUUCUGAAAGCGAUUCCGAGAGCAGUACUAAGAGCGGCAAGGGUGCCGCCAAGGCUACUGGGACUGCUUCGCUAAAAUCUCUAGGAGGAAACGGUGCAGCCCAGGCCACUAUAACCGCCUCACUGGAAUCUUCUGGUGGAAGUAUUGAGAGUAUGAUCGCAACUGCUCACAUGCAGUCUGCCUUCACUGCCGGCUUGGUGGGCGCCACAGCGACGCUUGGUGCAGCCUCCACCCUCGCUACUAGUAUUGCAAUGGGCGCCGCAGGUGCUACGGCUGCCUUCGUCAAUCUUGGAUCCGCGGCACAAUCAUCCAACAGCACAGUAUAUUAUAUUCAACCAGGCGCAGCAGGCAUGGUGAAUAUUCCCGCUACGUUCAUUAUCGGCCUUGCUGGAUUUACCGGCUGUCUGUUACUGUGAACGCAAAUCCAUGCAUUGGGUGAUAAUAGGAAUGGAUUCUCCCCCUUUCAAGCAAGUCAGCAUUAGUGGUUUCUUCGUCGAGGACUAGUUUUACGAAUAGGAAAGAGAUAUUUACUAGAAGCGCGCAGAUAUGACGCACAACCGCACCAGGAAUCUGAUAGAAGGUUUUGAAUACCAACAUUGUCCAAGAGCAAUCACACCACACAUACUACUCAAUAUGUCGUCUAUUGAUACCAAC